AUGUGUGUCAGAUCAUCUGGCAGAGGUAACAUAGGUAACAUAGGUAACAUAGGUAACAUAGGUAACAUAGGUAACAUAGGUAACACAGGUAACAUAGGUAACAUAGGUAACACAGGUAACAUAGGUAACAUAGGUAACACAGGUAACAUAGGUAACAUAGGUAACACAGGUAACAUAGGUAACAUAGGUAACAUAGGUAACAUAGGUAACAUAGGUAACAUAGGUAACAUAGGUAACACAGGUAACAUAGGUAACACAGGUAACAUAGGUAACACAGGUAACAUAGGUAACAUAGGUAACACAGGUAACAUAGGUAACACAGGUAACACAGGUAACAUAGGUAACACAGGUAACAUAGGUAACACAGGUAACACAGGUAACAUAGGUAACACAGGUAACAUAGGUAACAUAGGUAACAUAGGUAACAUAGGUAACGUAGGUAACAUAGGUAACACAGGUAACAUAGGUAACAUAGGUAACAUAGGUAACACAGGUAACAUAGGUAACACAGGUAACAUAGGUAACAUAGGUAACAUAGGUAACAUAGGUAACACAGGUAACAUAGGUAACAUAGGUAACACAGGACAAGGAGACAAGGACAAGGAGACAAGGACAAUGAGACUAGGACAAGGACAAGGACAAGGAGACAAGGACAAGGAGACAAGGAAAAGGAGACAAGGAGACAAGGAGACAAGGAGACAAGGAGACAAGGAGACAAGGAGACAAGGAGACAAGGAGACUAGGAGACAAAGACAAUGA